GGAAAUGAGUAAUGAGAAUACUGGCGAAAGACGGGCUGCCGAUGGCGGAGCAUCAGGCUCCAGAGUGCGGGUUCAGGUUCAGCCACUGGGCAGCGCGUGCUGCGUUCGAGUUAGGUAAUCGGUGACCCCAACGGAAAAAAAUAAAACUUGGGAAAAUGGGGGGAGGGGGGAGGAUCCAGUGUCGGAAGGGAAGAAAAUGUGGGGGAGGAAGAGUACCCAGAGAAGAAAGAGUAGAGAAGGGAAGAAGUGGGAGAAAAGAAGAGGGAGUGGAAAGGGAAGGGGAGGAGGAAAGAGGAGAAGAGGAAGAGAGGAAGAAAGAGAGAGAAGGAUGGAGAGGAGAGAAGAUAGGAUCCGGAGAGGAGGAGAGGAGAGAGGAGGGAGGGAGGGAGGAAGAGGAAAAGAUGGGGGAGAGAGAGAGGCAAGAGAAAGGAAAGGUAGAAGGAAGACGAACCGACAGGCAAAGGCGGACGGAGUUACGGCCGGGAGGAAGAGGGUUGGGGGAAGCCGUUGACCAGGUUAGUUUUCUAACUAGUAAGUAAUGAAUGAUACAAAAAGGCGCAGGAUAAGGACUGGAUGGGACGAUAUCUAUUUCUAUUUACUAACAACUAACAAGUAACUAAGUACUACUAGCUGUAGCAACACCAGCAAAAAGAGAAUGUCCCAACCAGCAGCAGCAGCAGCAACGACACUAAUCGAUUGCAGG